GAGGCCCCGCCCCCGGGAGCCCCGAGACCCCGCCCCCUCUGCGGCUCCCGCUCUCGCGAGAGGUUACGGCGUGGCGGCGGGGAAUAUGGAUUCUUCUGAGACAUCCUUGGGCAAAGGAUCCAAAGAGGUGUCCAGUGGAAUCACGUCAGCCACUAGAAAAGCUCCUUUGCCAAAAAGAGAGUCCUUCGCAAGGAUUCUGAGCCCUGAAGAAACCGAGAAACUGGAAAGAGAUCGAACCUUGGUGACGGAAUUCAGGCAACUAAAACUGGAAGAGGAGGCCCAGAAGAAUUGGGAUCUCUUUUACAAAAGGAACAGCACUAAUUUCUUCAAAGACAGACACUGGACCACCAGAGAGUUUGAGGAGCUGACAUCAUGUAGGGAGUUUGAAGAUCAGAAGUUGACUAUUCUUGAAGCCGGCUGUGGGGUCGGAAACUGUUUAUUCCCACUUUUAGAAGAAGAUCUGAAUAUCUUUGCUUAUGCCUGCGAUUUUUCCCCAAGAGCAGUUGACUAUGUUAAGCACAAUUCUUUGUACGACCCUGAAAGGUGUAAGGUGUUCCAGUGCGAUUUGACUAAAGAUGACCUUCUGGAGCACAUGCCUGCAGACUCAUUAGAUGGCGUCACCCUGAUAUUUGUGCUUUCGGCUAUUCAUCCUGACAAGAUGCACCUUGCUUUACAAAAUAUAUACAAGGUGUUGAAACCAGGCAAAUGCGUCUUGUUUAGAGACUAUGGUCUGUAUGAUCAUGCUAUGCUCAGGUUUAAAGCUGGCAACAAGCUGGGAGAAAACUUUUAUGUAAGACAAGAUGGCACAAGAUCCUACUUCUUUACCGAUGAAUUCUUGGCUCAGCUCUUUAGGGUCACGGGGUAUGAAGAGGUGGUUAAUGAGUACGUGCUGCGAGAAACAGUGAAUAGAAAAGAAGGCCUGUGUGUUCCAAGGGUUUUUCUUCAAAGCAAAUUUCGAAAGCCUCUGAAGGAAUCAUGAGUCACGAUGCCCUGGCCCAGGAUUGCGAGCCUUAGUAGUGGAAAGGACUCCAUGGCGUGUUCGAAUAGGUUUCCACUCUCCUUACUCUGAUAAAUCAAACUGACCAAAUCUUGCCAACUUCGAUUGAGGAGUGUUACCGCAGCUGGGGGGAUUUCUGGGCUAAGGGAGAUACUCAGAAGCUAUUCUGAGCUAUUCUGCCCGUUCCUCCAUGGGCCGUUUAUCUCCUGAUCUCUUCUUCUCCCUCACCAAAGAAGAUGUUCUAAUAAUUUUCAUCUACUAGACUCACAGGGGUGAUGUGAGGAUCCAUUUAUAAAGAGACUGCAGGAUGCAAGACUCCUAUGAGAUACCACGUGGUAAAUAUGUCCAAAUGUUUUCCGGUCAGAAAGGCGUGGGAACUAAGCAGAUUUAGAGAUAGAGAGUCGGGGAAAAGAUCAUUUAGGAUAAAAACCAAAGUUCUAAUUAAGAGCAUUACGCAAUUUAUAGCCAACUGCAAAUCAUGACUAAGUGAUGUUGCCAUCGAGGGUAGCCUGAAUUCCACGAAGAUGUAGUUGGUCGGGUGAUAGUUCUGUGGAUUUUUUUCUCACUGCUGAUCGGGAGAUUUGUAUGUGUUUUUAAAUGUGUGAACUUUUAAAUAAAUACAUCGCAUAUUUUGGGGAUAUGGUUGAGCCUUAAAGGAUUUCCUCUCUGCCAAUUUGGGGAAUGUGGGGAGAGAGGGAAGAGAAAUUAUACAGCCAAGCAAAUUACAUUCUCCUCUAGCUUGUGUUUUCGUUGGCUGGCAAAUUAAAUAUUGGUUAGAAACAA